UAAUCGUUUGACAUUUUGACAACUCAAACAUUCGCCAGCCAUUGUAUCAUUGCAAAGCAAAAUUUUCAAACAGCAAACGUGCAGACGAUCAUUCUAAAAGUAUUUUUUCCAAUCAUUUCGUGACUAUUUUUUUGCUCAAAGACACUAAAAAUGGUAGUUACAAGUUCUGAACCUGCUAUUCAGGAUGUUGAAAUGGAAAGCGCGGAAGAUGCCGAAGCAGCCAAAAAAGAUGCAGAACUGAUGAAUAUUCAAGAGAUUCGAGAACACACCCGGCAAAUUGAUAAAGCUGUUGCCAACAAAGAACCAAGAUUCAUACUACGAGUUUUGCGAUCCUUGCCAAAUACAAGAAGAAAGUUGAGUUUGGUUGUAGUUCGGUCGCUUGUGGUACAGCUGUAUCCGGCAGGGGCCGAAAGAGAUGCUGUAUUAGCUUAUAUCGAAGAGUAUCCGGAUGGAACACAAGAGCCAGAGCUUCCGAGACCUCGAGCUGCAAUUAAGAGUCCUUUACCGGAAGUGGAUGCUUACUUCCACUUAUUGUUACUGGUAAGAUUACUUGAUAAAAAAGAGCUUGAAAAGGCUUCAAAAUGUUCGCGGGAUUUGAUGUCCAAAAUUGUGGGACAAAACAGAAGAACGUUGGAUUUGGUAGCAGCAAAAAGUUACUUCUACCAUUCUAGGGUAGCAGAAUUAAAUGGUGAUUUAGAAAGCAUUCGAGGCUUCUUGCAUUCUAGAUUGCGAACUGCAACCUUGCGUAAUGACUUCGAAGGACAAGCUGUCUUAAUCAAUUGUUUACUUAGAAACUAUCUGCAUUAUUCAUUAUAUGAUCAAGCUGAUAAAUUAGUAAACAAAUCUGUGUUCCCGGAAGCGGCCAGUAAUAACGAAUGGGCUCGUUUUCUUUAUUAUCUUGGUCGUAUAAAGGGUGCCAAGCUUGAUUACAGUGCUGCCCAUAAACAUCUUGUUCAAGCUUUGCGUAAAGCUCCGCAGCAUGCAGCUGUUGGUUUUCGUCAAACGGUGCAGAAACUAGUUAUCGUGGUUGAAUUACUAUUGGGAGACAUACCCGAGCGACAGAUUUUUAGACAAGCUGCCUUACGUCGUUCUCUUGGCCCGUACUUCCAGCUUACACAAGCUGUUCGCCUUGGAAAUUUACAACGCUUCGGAGAAGUUCUUGAAAAUUUUGGUGACCAAUUUCGUCAGGAUCAUACUUUCACUUUGAUCAUCCGCCUGCGACACAACGUUAUAAAAACUGCUAUUCGUUCUAUUGGCUUAUCUUACAGUCGUAUAAGUCCUCAAGAUAUUGCUCUUAAGCUAGGUUUGGAUUCUCCAGAGGACGCGGAAUUCAUAGUUGCGAAAGCCAUUCGUGACGGCGUCAUCGAAGCAACACUCGAUCCGGAGAAGGGGUACAUGCGCAGCAAGGAGAGUACUGAUAUUUAUUCGACGCGUGAGCCACAGUUAGCGUUUCAUCAGAGAAUUAGCUUCUGUCUGGAUUUGCACAACCAGAGCGUGAAAGCUAUGCGUUAUCCACCAAAAUCCUACGGCAAAGAACUUGAAAGUGCAGAGGAAAGACGCGAACGAGAGCAACAGGAUCUUGAACUUGCCAAGGAAAUGGCUGAAGAAGAUGAUGAUGGUUUCUAGAUGGAUGGUCUUACUUGUGACAGACUCAUAAUGAAAUAAUACAUCUAUAUAUGAUAUUCAGAUAAUCUAGCAGGAUAUACAUUAUUCAGUUUUCAAUAAAGCACAUUCUAUGCCUAUA